CCGCCCAGCUGCUUGUUGGGACACGGUUGCUAGUUAGUCCCUACAACAGCCGAUUGUCAGAGGGUUUUCUUUUUCCGGACAGUGGAUCAAGGCGACCCUUGCAAAGAAGCCAAAGAAGAAACAUUUGUGCGAAAAGAAAAAAAACGCCUGCUGGUCUUGUCAUCAUCCCUCCACACUACAGUAGACUAGGUCUGCCUGUGAACAUCUAUCUGACCAGGUUGUUAAGAUCAGUCGGUGACAGUCUAUUUACUUUUGGGCAGGAGUUAGUCGUCUGUAGCCAAAUGGAGUUCAGAAUGUCCUACAAUGUCGUACGUGGCAUCGUAUUGAUUGGUUUCAUCGGUGGAGUCGUCAUGUUCUUCUUUCAUUUCCGAAGUCCGGUGGUGACACUUAUUGCCAAUUCGGACACGGUUGCAGAUUCCUUAGUUACAUUGAAGUAUGUCACAAACUUAGAGGGCGCCACGUUACGAACUGACAUAGGAACGGGUCCACUGAGUGUCGUCAGAGAGAAAGGUAGAGUUCGAAAUUUGGCCGAAGUGGAUUUAGACAAAAUGAGUUCACAAGAGUUACUGCUGACAAUUCACAGUUACGUGGACAGUAACCAGAUUAUUUGUCAGCGGAAAUUUCGUAUGGGCAACAUUGGUGAUGGUGGCUGGGAGAUCUGUGACGACCCUGACGUCAGGCCACGUGAACCCUGCAUCAUCUACUCCUUCGGCAUCAGCAACGACUUCUCUUUUGACGACGACGCUGCCAAGAUGUACGGCUGUCACGUGUACUCGUUUGACCCCAGCAUGACCAAAGAGAAAGAUCAAUUUGACAGAUCCAGCAAUGUUCACUUUUAUAAAAUCGGGAUUGAUGGAAAGACCUAUGUCAAUAGUCAGCAGUGGAAGCUGUUCGCGCAUCGGGACAUUCGCAAAAUGCUCGGGCAUGCGAAUUCCACUAUUGCCGUCAUUAAAAUGGACGUAGAGAGCUCCGAGUGGGGCGCCAUCCCGGAAAUGUUCGAGUCUGGGGAGCUGGCCAACACGAGGCAGCUGUUGAUGGAGUUUCACAUUGUGUCCUCGAGUAGAGACUACUUGCUGCCCAGAUUAAAGGCCAUUCAGGCCAUCGAGAAGAGUGGCCUGAGGAUAUUUUACACGCACAAAAAUCACGCAUGCGGAACAACGGUGGCCGGCUUCCCACUGAUGAGGACUAUGUGCUAUGAGGUUCAUUAUUUAAGAAGAUGAAGUAGUUGAAUGACCAGAAGAUGAAUUGGUUGAAGUUAGGAGAAGAUGAAGUAGUUGAAUGACCAGAAGAUGAAUUAGUUGAAUGAUGAGAAGAUGAAGUAGUUGAAUGACCAGAAGAUGAAUUAGUUGAAUGAUGAGAAGAUGAAGUAGUUGAAUGACCAGAAGAUGAAGUAGUUGAAUGACCAGAAGAUGAAGUAGUUGAAUGACCAGAAGAUGAAGUAGUUGAAUGAUAAGAUGAAGUAGUUGAAUGACCAGAAGAUGAAGUAGUUGAAUGACCAGAAAAUGAAGUAGUUGAAUGACCAGAAGAUGAAGUAGUUGAAUGAUGAGAAGAUGAAGUAGUUGAAUGACCAGAAGAUGAAGUAGUUGAAUGACUAUAAGAUGAAGUAGUUGAAUGACCAGAAGAUGAAUUAGUUGAAUGAUGAGAAGAUGAAGUAGUUGAAUGACCAGAAGAUGAAGUAGUUGAAUGACCAGAAGAUGAAUUAGUUGAAUGACCAGAAGAUGAAAUAGUUGAAUGACCAGAAGAUGAAUUAGUUGAAUGACCAGAAGAUGAAUUAGUUGAAUGAUGAGAAGAUGAAUUUGUUGAAUGACCAGAGAAUGAAUUAGUUGAAUGAUGAGAAGAGGAAUUAGUUGAAUGACCAGAAGAUGAAUUAGUUGAAUGAUAAGAAGAUGAAUUAGUUGAAUGACCAGAAGAUGAAGUAGUUGAAUGACCAGAAGAUGAAUUAGUUGAAUGAUGAGAAGAUGAAUUAGUUGAAUGACCAGAAGAUAAAUUAGUUGAAUGAUGAGAAGAUGAAUUAGUUGAAUGACCAGAAGAUGAAUUAGUUGAAUGAUAAGAUGAAUUAGUUGAAUGACCAGAAGAUGAAGUAGUUGAAUGACCAGAAGAUGAAUUAGUUGAAUGACCAGAAGAUGAAUUAGUUGAAUGAUGAGAAGAGGAAUUAGUUGGAUGACCAGAAGAGGAAUUAGUUGGAUGACCAGAAGAGGAAUUAGUUGAAUGACCAAAGGAUGAAUUAGUUCAAUGACCAGAAGAUUUAUUACUUGAAUGACCAUAAGAUACAUUUGUUGAGCUUGAUAAAUGACCAAACUAGGCAUUGGUAUGUUCCCAUAGAAACAGAUUGCUGAUUGAUUUUGAAACUUAGAAUAGCUGCUAUUUUAGCUAGACUAUUAUUUCUAUAAUGAUGUAUAUAUCUAGUAAUAGUAACUUGUACACAUACGAAUAUAUUGGUCGAUGGUUCUGCAUUUGAUGAACACCAUCAGUUACCAUCACUAUUUUAGGACAUAGUCUAUGAAACAAUGACUUCACAUUAGUUUGUUGAACCACGGUGAUUCAAUGAGCAAGCGCUAUAUAUUUUCAUGCAAAUACUGAUUCAUAAUUUAAAAGACAAUUUUUUUUGGUUUCUUUUACUAGAACCACCUCAUCAACUGACCUUAAAAUUCUCCACUUGCUUCCUCAAUAUAUAAUCAGGACAUUAUAUUGAUAAGACCUAGGGUCGUAGUUCUAGAUCACUCUAUAUCAUUGUACCGGGAAUUCCCGAGCUUUUCUAGUGAGAAUUGGUAAAUUCAACGAACUGUGACGUCACAGUAUGGGUUGAAAGCUUCCGGUUUUAAACAUGUUAUAGGCCACGCCUUCUUUACCAAGCUGACUGGUAACUCUUUGGCAUCGUUAAAAAUAAUAUCACUGAGAAUAAAGAGAAUAGAAUUAGCACACGAUUUGAAAAGAAAAUGCUAACAUUCAAUUGCUCCUCCUUAUCCCUUGGCUUUCAGAAUCAGCCCAAACUAUGCUCAGUUUCAAAACAAGGGGGAUGCCUUCAUAGCGUGAAAACAUUGGGGAUUCUCACUCUUAAAGUCAUCCCCUAUAAGCUGUUCUUUGUCUUACUUUGAUUUUCACGUUCUCGUUUACGUUCUCUAAGAAAGAAGAAGACAAAAUGAUAGUAAAUGUAGUGGUGAUGUAAUGGGACCUAUGCAGAAACGUAAGAAAAGGGAAAGAAGUCUGGCAGAGAUUUUGAAAAAGACAAAAGUAAACAAUGUCAAGGACCUCACAAUCAAAAAUCAGAGUUCGCCAAGUAAAUAAUAAAAGUUACUCUUGUUACUUGGUCUUACACGAAAAUAUAUUCAUACACCGGUUUAUAGUUUAUUGAAGUACCGAUACUUAUUUCCGUAUUCUGUGCAUCAGAUAUACCAGUAGCGAUAGCUACAAAAUUUAUCAUCAGUAUGAAAAUGUCGAAUAUAGAAUUAUUACGCACACAUUAUAUUUUUAUAAGAUCGAGAUUUUCAUCUGUCUUGUAUAAACGUAUAAAUUGCAUCACUCUUUUUGGUAUAUCUGAAGUACAAUAUAUAAGAAGUGUUAAUAUAAGAUUAUUUUUUUUUAUAUUUUUUUGCAGAGCCAAAUUCUUAAUCUUUUUUGUUUGUUGCACAAAUUAAUAUGAAUAUAUAAGAUAAGAUAAUUUGUAUUGAUCCAAUCAAAAUUCAGUUAGACUACGACGACUAAGAAGUAUUAAAAGUUUGCUCUACAACAGAAGCGCGACUCAAAAAGCGUCUUUAAAAACAUAAACGUGUCAUUAUUAAAUACAAGUAGUUAAGAAGAGUUGAUAGGAAGAUUCACUUCUGCUCUUCAUACAUUUUGUUUGACACACUGAUCUUUUCAAUUAGAGUCCUCGACAUUGUUUAAUUUAGCUACUGGGAUAUUUCACUUUCACUGGAUUUUUUAUUUCGGGAUCUUUGGGUGCCUCUGUUGGUAUGGAGUGAGGACAUGAUGUUUAUCUAAGUGGUUUCUGGUGUUUCUACAUAUUAUGUGUUCUAGUAUUUUACAUGUGGUGCUGGUCAGUGAUACUGGCCCGUAGUUCCCCGGGUCAUUUUUUUCUCCUUUUUUAACUAGGGGAGGGAGUUUAGCGGCUUUAUAGUCCCUCGGUCCCUGUCCUGAUUUAGCGAUGCCUGAAAAAAGUAUUUUCAGCACUUAUGCUUGCUCGUGACCUAGUUCUUUGAGCCUCCUAGCUGAAAUACAAUCAGGUACAGAGGCUUUAAUUGGGUUUAUUCUAGCUAAUAGUUUUUGGAUCCCUUUUUAUUGUGCAUUUAUCUCUCCUAUGUUUUCUACUUGGUUUAAAUGUAUUAAUGUCUUUCUCUCCUGGGGCUGAGAAUGCUGAUGCAAAAUAUUUACAAAGAAUGUUAGCUUUAAUUUAAUUAUCGUUAUGUGUUAAGUUAUCUUCUCUUUUAAAUGAUUUAGUGUAAGACCAUAGAUUUGUGUUAUCUUUAGAUAUUACUUAAGUAUUCACUCUUUAGCUAUCUGCUAGCAAUCUAUUUAAUCGUAAGGUACUUUUAAUGGACUAUUUCUGCCUUAGUUUCUUUUAUUUUUUUAAGAAAAGGUUUUCUGUCUGUUUGCAAAGUUUCUUUAAUUUAUUAUUAAACCAGCAUUUAUUUAUUAUGUUUAUUUUGUGUUUCGUUUGUAUUUGAUUUUCUAUAAUGUUAAAAAGAUUGCUUUUAAUGAAAUUUCUGAGGUCAUCAACUGGUUGGUUCAUGUCUUUUUCUGAUAAGAAUGUUUCUUAAAAAUUUAAUGCAGCUUGGUGUAGUUGAGUUAGGUUACAUUUGUUCCAGAGUUUUAAAAAAAAAGGGAUUUAUAUUGGCUAUUGCUUUUAUUUGACUAUAUUUUAAUUAUUCAAGGUCAGAUAGUCCAGGGAUAAUCUUAUAAUCUACCACUAAUCCAGGUCUGUUAGAUAGAAUUAGAUUUUCUGUUUUGUUUGGAUUCACCAGAUCCAUAUGCUAGGACUAAUUUGUACAAAUGCUCCUUCUUCCCUAGUGCUAUUAGAGCAUGUGAUGGGUUGCCUGCGUCAGCCAGGAAAACCAAUGAAUUGGCUGAAUCUAAGUAAUUGACUAGACUGACCUAGGGACACGCAUAGGAUGUAAUCAUCUUUUUGUUUUAAAGUAAUGUCUAUAUUUUAUAAGAUAAGAUCCAGUCUUCACGUAGAUGCAGUCAAAGUUUGUCCUAGACUUCACCUUAAAGUGAUCAAGUUAUAUUAAUUUGUGAGAAUAAUGCUCAAUUAAGUUAUAUCCAUAAUUUAAAGUGUUCAAUUUCUUAGUGAAAUAGAUUAUUAAGAAAUAUGGGAUUUGAUUUGAAUACAAGUAACGUAAAACUUAUCUCAUCAUAGAUCACUGAAUACAAAGAGCAGCCAUCUUGACAAAGAGCUCUUAACUGAUAAAAGGGGUGGGAGCGCAGGGAAGUCAAAUUUUCUUUUUAGGGAGGCAUCAAGGCAUCACUAGUAAAAGUUUGAGAAGAUCUGAAGUAAGCACAUGCCCUACCGUUACAUUACUUUAGUUCCCCCUUACCUCGCCUCUGUAUUUGCUUACAGCGUCUCUAUAUGCCUUACUGUAUCUCUUCAUUCUCUUACUGCCUUACUUCAAGCUCUCACAGUGCCGCUUUAUGCUUUAAAUGUCUUUUAGACUAUACCAAUUAUUACUAUUAUUGUACGCGUUAUUUCUCCCAUACCCAUUCUCGGAUCAGGUAAUGGUUUACCUACUAAUUUAUUGUACCUAACAGAACACGAAUCAAUAACAAAAAUUAACCAUUUAGUUAAUUAAUUAUUGGUUAUUAAUUAUUAAAGGGUUUUGUUUAUCUAAUAAGGCAAAGAAAUGCUUCUUAUUGAUAUAUGUGGUUGUAUAUAUGGAGUUAUGCCCCUUAUAACAUUUUGUACCGGUACACGUUUUUUUCCCCACAUUUUUCCAAUCUUCGGAUUAGAUGAAUAUGGUUUAUAAUUAGUUGAUGACAAUACAUCAAUCAAUAAAAAAUUUAAACGAUUACUGGUAAUGAAUGAAUUAUAUAUAUGUAUGUGUAUAUCAUAUAUAUAUAUAUAUAUAUGUAAAAUUAAUCUAUUAUGGCCGACUGUUAUCAAAGUAACCCUUUCAGACCUAUUGGUCCACUUUUUGACGAGAGUGUCAUGAGUAAUGCAACUCUUCGGUCUUACCCAGAGGCGUAGUGAGCAAAACGUGCGCCCCCCGACCCUCCCCUCACUGCGCCUCUGGUCUUACCACCUCGGACACAACUCGCCUGUCUAUUGAUAUUAACUGUUGGGAAUUCAUAUAUUUGUCCCUCUUCAUUAACCCUAGAUUCAGUUUCUGAACAUUCUUUUGGCAUUUUAUAUUUGUAACGUGCCUUGACCUUCGAAAAUGUAUAUACCUGUGUGUGUGUGUGUGUACAAUUAUAAUUAUUGGCUAUUGAGUGUUAAAUGUCAUGGUAUUACUAUUAGAAUAGCUUUUCUCGUUUUGUUUUUAAUGGGGUUUUUUUGUUGUUGUUGUUGUUGCUAUUUUUUUCCUCAAAGUUCAAAAGGUCUUCAUUUUUAUUGUUGUCGUCUUUAAACCAUAGACUUAAAUAUUAGAUCUUGACUGGACACCGGAAACAAAUUCCUAUCCUCUUAUCCGCGAUUGAUCGGUUCACAGACCUAUAUAUAUAGAUUUUUAUGUACGUAACUCUUUUUCAAGCUCUAAGGGAAGUCGUUCCAAUCAAUUUUUCUGCCUUAGAAAAGUCAUGAUCUUUAGUUUUCAAAGUUUAGAAAUAAUGCAAAAUCAUUUCUCGGACUUUUUCUUUUAGAAUGGGCUAUUAAUCACAGAACUAUAUAUUCACGCUAAUAUUUGAAACAAAGCCAUUUACUGUUAGUUUCCAUUGAGAUAAUGUUUCAAAAAUCCUAACUCGAAAUAAUUCAUGUCUGUUGAUUUUAAUCAUCUUAUGUACAUUUAAAUAGAUUGAUUACCUAGAUCUUUCUAGAUUAUGUGUCUAAAAAUUGCAAAAUAAUAAGUAUGAGACGAGAGUACUCUUAUUUUCGAUGUUCAGUUACUAGAUCUAGAUCUAAAAAUUAAAUAAUAUGUUAUAGGUUAGGGUUUGAAAAAAAAUACUUUAGUCUUAUAACUACUUUACAAAUCAACGCCUUGUUUCAACUUUUUAAAACGUUUCCACAUUUUUUGUAGUGUUAAAAGAUCUCCAUGUCCAGUCUAGAUAUGGUAUGCUUUAAGUCUAUGCUUUAAAAUUAUUUGGCAGCACUGAUUGUGAUUUUAAAUUUGAGCUGGUCACGUGUCACAUGUAUGCAUUCCAUUUUGUUUGUUUGAAUUGUGACAUCAAAUAUUGACGAUGAAAGUAAUAAAGUGUUUUAUUUUCUUUUUAAA